GGGAGGUGGGUCGCGUUGGAUUCGGGGGGGGGGGGGGGGGGGAGAUGGAGGACGUGGAGGACAAGCUUAAGGACUACGAGAUCGUCAAGGAAGGCGAGGCGGAGAUCAUCAUCCACAAGAAGAUAGCAACGAAUGAGGUGUUCUACAAUCCCGUGCAGAUCCACAAUAGAGAUAUGUCAGUUGCUGUUUUAAGGACUUUCGUUACCAAGCGCAAGGAAGAACAUAAGGCAAUGAUGGACAAGAGGGGCAGGGCACAUGAUAAAGUGGGCCAGGGCAAAUCAUCUGGCCCAAAUGGAGAGAAUGGUUCGACAGGACAACAUGAUGAAACAAAUGUUGUUGCUGAAAAGGAAAUUAAAAAAGUUGCAGAUCAAGUAGAAGAUUUGUCAAACAAAGCAACCAAGACACCUUUGCGGAAAGUAGCCAAAGAGCUUAAGGCUCCAAUUGUUCUUGAGGCAUUGGCUGCUUCUGGGUUGAGAUCUAUCCGUUAUGCUCGUGAAGUAGAUGGGUUAGAAAAGGUGGUUGCUCUGGACAUUGAUAAAGCUUGUAUUGAAGCUUGCAAGCGGAAUAUAAAGUUUAAUGGUGCUUCUGCUAUGAGUAAGAUCGAACCUCAUUUGACCGAUGCUCGAGUUUACAUGCUUACACAUCCAAAAGAAUUUGAUGUGGUUGAUAUUGACCCCUAUGGAGCGCCUUCUAUUUUUCUUGAUUCGGCUGUACAGGCUGUUGUUGAUGGUGGGCUAUUAAUGUGCACCGCCACUGAUAUGGCGGUUCUGUGUGGGUCAAAUGCUGAAGUUUGCCACUCCAAGUAUGGUUGCUUUCCAACCAAAGGCAAGUAUAACCAUGAAAUGGCUCUGCGAAUUCUUCUUGCUAAUAUUGAGAGCCAUGCAAAUCGAUACAAGCGAUAUAUUGUGCCUGUUCUCUCUGUAUCCAUGGAUUUCUACAUCCGUGUUUUUGUCCGAGUUUUCACCUCGGCAAAUGAAGUAAAGAAGACUCCCCUGAAACUUUCUUAUGUAUAUCAAUGUGUUAGUUGUGACUCAUUCCAUCUUCAGUGUGUUGGUAGAACUGUAACUAAGGAUAAUACUGUGAAGUGUGCGCCUGGCAUUGGGCCUGUUGUUCCUCAAGGGUGCAGUGCCUGUGGGAAGAAACUUACCAUGGGAGGACCAAUAUGGUCUGGUCCUAUGCAUGACCAAGAAUGGGUAGUUUCUACUUUGGCAGAAGCUAAGUCAAGGAAGGAUAGAUAUCCUGCAUAUAAUAAGAUAGCUUCAGUUCUGACUACCAUAUCAGAGGAGUUACAUGACAUCCCGCUGUACUUCAGUCUCCACAACAUAUGUGCUAAUGUUAAGUGCACAUCUCCGUCAGCCGUAUUGUUCCGGUCUGCAGUUAUAAAUGCAGGCUAUCGGAUUUCUGGCACCCAUGCGAAUCCACUUGGACUAAAAACUGAUGCCCCUUGGGAUGUUAUUUGGGACAUCAUGCGCUGCUGGGUGAAGAAUCAUCCUGUAAAGGAACAACCACAUGACUCUCAAGCGGCAGCAAUCCUUUCAAAAUCACCCAAGCUUGAAGCAAAUUUCUCUAGAGUAGCUUCUGCCAUCAGCAGGGCUCAAGCAAAGAAGAUCAAGCGGUUCCUUCCGAACCCAGAACGGCAUUGGGGUCCAAAGAUCAGGGCUGGCCGGAAGAUUACAAGUAAACACGCUUCUCUGUUAGGUCCGGACGUCGUCAACCGUGCUAUCAAUGGGGCUGCCAGCACCAAAGAUGAAAAUGUGGCCGCGCCAAAUAAUCCAACCCCAGAAACUGGAGGAACUGCAACGAAUGGAGAGGAUGAACCGUCGACAAAGCGCCAAAAGAACUGCGAUGACAGACUGUCAACCGAGCCUUAAUCGUCACUUAACCUGAGUGUACUUUUCUCUAUCACCACUCAUUUCUGAUAUUUCACUUCUCUUGUGAGUGCGGCUGAUGGGCUUUAUCUAUCAGCUGUUGGUCAAAACUGUUUCUUGCAAUGAAUUUUGAUAGGGAAAAAAUAGCUUGAAAUUUACUUUCGGUGUGUCAUUCUAUAUGCCAAGUAGCGCAUCUGCCAAACUGAUGCUAUAGCCUAUAGAUUAAUUUUGUCUCCAGUUGAACGGGUUUCAUCUUAUAUAUUAUUAUAUUUUUGGUGUGUCA